GAGAUGGUCCUGAAACACACACACACACACACACACUUCACGCGCCGUGCUGUGCAUUGCAGUGAAGGGCACGCGCUGUAGCCGAAGUCACCAGGGUUCUCCGUUAAGGGGAUCAGGCGGAAGCGGAUUAACGGAUUUAAACCCGUCUAAAGCACCUGUUAAUGUUUAUGGCCGUGGGCCAUGGCCGCGCUGUUCGAGUGCAGGGUUCAGUUUUUGGACGACACCGACCCGUUCAACAGCACCAACUUCCCGGAGCCCGCGCGCCCUCCGCGCUACGCCUUCCGCCGGGACUCGCCGCUCGGAGACCAGCUGGCCGCGGUGCACGCGCUCCUGCGCCCCCCGCACAAGUUAGAUGACUGUGCUCUUCAGCUCUCCCAUAAUGGAACAUAUUUGGAUUUGGAAUCAUCUCUUGAUGAACAGAUUGAUGAACUGGAGGGAUUUGAGCAGGAUGACUGUGGAAUGAAGGGAAAAAAACACAGUAUUAUCCUGAGGACUCAGCUGAGUGUCCGUGUUCACGCCUGCAUCGAGAAGCUGUAUAACUGUAAUGGCAGAGAUCUCAGAAGGGCUUUAUUCUCUCUCAAACAGAUAUUUCAGGAUGAUAAGGACCUGGUCCAUGCCUUUGUGACGGCGGGGGGACUCACAUGUCUAAUUAAAGUCGGAGCAGACGCUGACCAGAACUACCAAAACUACAUCCUGCGAGCUUUAGGUCAGAUCAUGCUCUAUGUGGAUGGCAUGAAUGGGGUCAUAGGUCAUCAGGAGACUAUCCAGUGGCUCUACACUCUGAUUGGCACAAAGUUCCGUCUGGUGGUAAAAACAGCUCUGAAGCUCCUGCUGGUGUUUGUGGAAUAUUCAGAGUCCAAUGCUGUGCUGCUCAUUCAAGCCAUCAGUGCUGUUGAUGCAAAGAGAGGACAGAAACAGUGGUCCAACGUCAUGGAGAUAUUAAACGAGAAAGACGGAGUGGACACGGAGCUGCUGAUGUACACCAUGUCCCUUAUUAACAAGAUUCUAGCAGCUCUGCCUGAUCAGGAUUCGUUCUAUGACCUGGUGGAUGUUCUCGAGGAGCAAGGCAUCGAACACAUGACCUCACGCUACAGCACACAUAGGAGCACUGACCCUGAACUCCGGGAGCAGAUCAGAAUCUACGAGGUAACACUUCGGCAUGAGGAUGGUGAUGAUGAUGGUCAGGCCCUGCCCACUGGUUUCUAUGGAAACCUCAGGUCCACAGCCGGCAGGAUUAAGGGUCAGGGGUUAGAGAGACGCCGCAGUCGCAGGCACUCACUGGGCAAAACGGGCCAGGACUCGCCUUUAAGCCCCGCCUCCUCACACAGGAGAAACUUAAAAAGGAGUGAGGAGAGAGCAGCAUCAGGUGUACUGAAACCUCUGGCUGUCAUAGAGGAGGAGUGUGAGGAAGGGGAGGAGACUCCACUUACAGAGUCAAACUCAGAUGAUGAUGGUGAUGAAGAGGGAGAAACUAAACCCUUUAGUCAGAGUGGUAUCAGUGACCAGUCAGAUCGUCCUGCUGCAGAACUAGAGGAAGAGAAGUGUGUGGAAGUGUCUGAGGGCUACGUCAAGACACCGUCUUUGCUAGAAACUUUGCUAGCCGAGCGCAGGUCCUCAGUCACGGUUCCACCCUGCUCCGAGAUGACUCCGCCCCUCCAUGGCUCCACCCACCCACAGAGGCUCCUCCCAUACAUCCCUCACUCUCCAUUUCAUCUCUUUUCCUAUGACCUUGAGGAAGAGGUGGAGCUAAAGCAGAAGAACAGUGAAAGGCAGGUGAGGUCAUUUUCCACUCUUUAUGCUCCUUCUGCUCCCACCAUACAGCAGAAUGACAGACCUCCUCUUCUUCUGUCCUCCUCAUAUCGGCAGCAUCAGGAGUCCCUGGCAGCAGAGAGAGAGAGACGGCGAAUUGAAAGGGAGGAGAGACUACAGAGGAUAGAGAGAGAAGAGCGGAAUCGACACAGUCGGGACUAUGCUGGAAACAUGGAGGAGGCUCGAUUAGCUCGAGAGGAAAGAUUUAAAACUGCAGAAAGGUUAGCCGCAGAGGAGUAUGAGCGAGAACGAGUGCACUCAGCACCUCAUGGCCCCUCAGACUUCUGUCAGUCAUCUCAGGAUGACACGCCCACAUCUGUCAUGUCACAAGAGGCUCUGGACGUAUCCUCUACACCGCACCUGCCAGACAACAAAUUAGAACCAGAUGUGUUUCUCUUCAUCUCAGAACCUGAAGAAAAGGAAGAGGAAGAAGAGGAGAUCAGUGUUGAACAGGUCAUGGAAGAGGCAGCAGAAGAAGGGGAGGAAACUGUAGAGGAAGGGGAGGGGCCUGAAACAAAUGUGGAAGAGCCAGAUGACAAUAUUCAGGAUGUAGAAGUGGAAGACAGUGGAAUCUUGAGCGAUAAAGAACGACAGAAUGAAGAAGUGAAUGAGAAAGAUAACUGUUCUGCAUCUAGCAUCUCAUCAUCUAGCAGCACUCUGGAGAGAGAGACAGGUCUGAGCAGUGAGAAAUGUAGAGACAUCCUAAACACCAAGAUCUUCAUGAUGGACAUGCUCUACUCGCAGAGCAUGAAACCUGGUGAGGAAGAAGAGGAAGAGGAGGCAGAGCUUGAAAAGGAAGCUGGUACAGAAGAAAAUGAAAGUGUGGAUUCACUGGUGGUGGGCGGGUCUAAUAUGAGUGAGGAAAACAGCAGUGAGAAGAAGCCCGAGAGUGGAACAGUGCGAGCUUUUGCUGAACGCUUUGGAGACCUCAUCAAAGGCCUGAGCUCUCCACCAAUUGAGUUGCAGGAAGAGAAGAAGCCUCUCCCAUUACCAUCACUUCCAACACCAAAAAGAGAGUCUGACCAAAUGUGGGAGCAACUCAUGGCAGUGCCUCAUGAGCUGCGCAUCAGAGACAUCGACUUCACUGAUUUGGUUGAUGAGGAUGAUAAGGACGUCCUGCAUUCAGGAGAUUUCAUUGGGUCAGAAGUUCUGGCUCCACCCCCUCCUCCCCCUCCUCCAUGCCCCUUCAACAUUGCCCCUCCCCCACCUCCUCCUGCCCCUGGAGCUGGUCCAGCCCCACCUCCUCCCCCUCAGCCGGAGGGCCCACUCUUCCAGAAGAAAAAGAAGACAAUCCGUUUGUUCUGGAGUGAGGUGAGACUUGAUGAGUGGAGGUUUCUGGAUCUAAGACGGGGACACCUUUCGCUAUGGUCAAAACUGGAACCAGUCAGACUGGACAUAAGUAAACUGGAAAACUUGUUUGAGAGCAAGUCCAAGGAAAUGAGUGUAACCAAGAAAACAGCAGUGGACGGUAAAAGGCAAGAGAUCAUUGUCCUGGAUUCCAAACGCAGUAAUGCCAUUAACAUUGGGCUCACUGUGCUCCCUCCACCAAGAACCAUCAAAUCCGCCAUACUCAAUUUUGACGAGUACGCACUCAACAAGGAGGGCAUUGAGAAGCUGCUGACGAUGGUUCCAACUGAAGAGGAAAAGCAGAGGAUUCAGGAAGCUCAAAUGAUGAAUCCUGAUGUUCCUCUGGGCAAUGCUGAGUCCUUCCUAUUAACACUCUCUUCCAUCAGUGAACUCUGUGCUCGCCUUCACCUCUGGGCCUUCAAAAUGGACUAUGAAACAACUGAGAAGGAAGUGGCAGAGCCUUUACAAGACUUGAAGGAGGGCAUGGAGCAGCUGGAGAAAAAUAAGACAUUCCGCUAUAUACUCUCAGCUGUGCUUGGUAUUGGCAACUUCCUCAAUGGAUCUAGUGCUAAAGGUUUUGAGCUGAGUUACCUGGAGAAGGUUCCAGAGGUGAAGGACACACUCCAUAAACAAUCUCUGCUCCACCAUGUCUGUUCUGCAGUAGUGGAGAACUUCACAGAUAGCACUGACCUAUACUCAGAGAUCGGUGCCAUCACGCGCUCUGCUAAGGUAGAUUUUGACUUGCUACAGGAGAAUCUGUCACAAAUGGAACACCGCUGCAAAGCAUCAUGGGAAAAUUUGAAGCUGAUCGCCAAGCAUGAGAUGAAACCAGCACUCAAGCAGAAGUUGACUGACUUCCUGCAGGACUGUGCAAAGAGGAUUAUCAUAUUGAAGACUGUGCAUCGCCGCAUUAUCAACCGGUUCCACGUGUUCCUGCUGUUUCUCGGACACCCAGCAUCUGGAAUUCGUGAGAUCAGCAUUCAUCGGUUCUGCAAAAUUGUUAGCGAAUUCGCACUAGAGUACCGGACGACACGAGAGAGAAUACUCCAGCAAAAACAGAAACGAGCUGACCAUCGUGAGAGGAACAGAACACGCGGCAAGAUGAUCGUGGACAUCAGUGCUACAACUGAAGAUGAAGAAGAGAAUGGGGCUAGUCAGGGAGUUGGUAGCAGCUGCAGCAGUAAUGUCCCUACUUUAAGGAAAAAUGAAGUGCAGGGACUGAACCAUGAGGAAGAUGCAGCAGACCAUGAAAAUAUGAAAGCAGUACUAAAGCGAAGCCAGCAGGGUAGCAGGACUGAGGUGUGUGGAGUACCGGGACUACGCACAAGGUCAAGGGCAAGACCUAGCAGAAGUUAUACUGCAGCAAUAGCAGCAAAUGAAGAUGCUAUGACCGAUGAUCCAGCUGAUGAGAUCAUGGAACGAAUAGUCCGAUCAGCUACACAGAAUUCAGAUCGCGCCCAACUACGUGAACGGAGACGCUCGCGUGCAAACCGUAAAUCAAUGCGAAGGACAUUAAAGAGCGAUUUGACCCCAGAGGAGGCACAAGCCCUGGGUUUGGAAGCCUUUGUGAUGCAGUGAUGGAUUCAGAGGCAUCGUCCAGUGUCUCAACAGCAAAACAAGCAAGAUUGUUCUAUUACUUGCAUCUUAGUUUUCUGAAAAUCUUGAUAAAAUAUCAUUUUUAAAUAAUAUAACUGCAGUAUUCCUUCAGUAAUAUUGCUUUGGAGAAUAUACUCUCUUUCAGAAACUUUCUGCUGUUUUUUUUAAAUUAAGGAUUUCUGUUUUAUUACAGGGAUUUUCUUUAUUUCAAAGAACAAAUGUCCUGAAAACACUAGAAAGUGUUCAGUAUUAAAACUCAGGGAAAGUAAUGAAAUGACCCUUACAGUGACUUGGGGUUUGAGUCGAGGGAAAGUGGACAAGGCUGCAUUAAAAUUUUCACUCUGUAGUCUCUGGGCUUUAAGCAGUGCCUUUUAUUAAUAGUGUUAAUUCACUGUUUAUUUUUCUCUGCUCCUUUUAAAUUGACUGAAUAUUUUAUCAAGCACAUUUAACCAUGUUUAUGUUCUAAUUCAUUAAAAAGGUUAAAAAUAACCUUGAAUGACAUAUUACUGUGAUGAUGUUUUGUACAAUACGAUUGGGUUUAACUGUCCUGCGCACACUGUUUAGGAGAUUUAAGGUACAAAAGUCAUAUUUAUAUAUUUUUAAACUGUAAUUUAAGUGGUUGAUAUUGCAUUUCAUUUCAAAUUAUUCUGGAAAACUUGUUUAAAAAAAACCCUUUGUUUUGUACAAAGUUUCCAAAUGCACUUCUUUAAUAAUGUUAUGUAGUGUGUUUAUAUUUCUUAUGUAUAAUGUACUGGAUAUAAGUUCUGUAUAAAUGUCUCACAUUUUAAUUUAAUGAAGAUAUUAAACCUGCAUGGUCAAGAACACAGCACUUGAUGUAUACUAGAGUGCAUGGCUUUUAUUUAUUUAUUCAUAAAAUUAAAUUUGAGUGUUUUUGUGCAGAGGUUUUAUUUAUUUUCUCUGCAUUUUAAUUCUGUACCUGAGUGAACUUUUGGCUUUGCCAUCUUUGAUCCAGUGGUGCAAGGGAGAAACUGAUCAGGAGUUUGAUGGACUGUGUUUAGCAGAAAUGGGGAUUAAACCAGGUUU